CAUCGUCAUGGCAGGAGCCACACCACCCCCCGCGCCAGCCGGGCCCCGAGCCGCAGCGCCCCCUGGUGGCCCCGAGCAGCCCUACGCCUGCCGGGAGUGCGGAAAGGCCUUCCGGUGGUCAUCCCGCCUGGCUCACCACCAGCGCAGCCACACCGGGGAGCGCCCCUACAAGUGCCCCGAGUGCCCCAAGGCCUUCAAGGGCUCAUCCGCCCUCCUCUACCACCAGCGAGGCCACACCGGGGAGCGGCCCUACGCCUGCCCGCAGUGCCCCAAGGCCUUCAAGCGCUCGUCACUGCUGCAGACGCACCAGCGGGUGCACACCGGGCUGCGCGCCUUCCAGUGCACCCACUGCGGCCUCACCUUCAAGUGGGCCUCCCACUACCAGUACCACCUGCGGCAGCACACCGGGGAGCGGCCCUACCGCUGCCCCAGCUGCCCCAAGGCCUUCAAGAACUCCUCCAGUCUGCGGCGCCACCGCCACACCCACACCGGGGAGCGGCCCCACGCCUGCUCGGUCUGCGGCAAGGCCUUCGCCCAGGCCACCAACCUGCGGCAGCACCAGCGGGUGCACACUGGGGAGCGGCCCUACGCCUGCUCCCUCUGCCCCAAGACCUUCACUCACUCCUCCAACCUCCUCCUGCACCGCCGCACCCACACUGCCGCCGCUGCCGCCCGGCCCCACCAGUGCCCAACCUGCGCCAAGUCUUUUGUGUCGGACUCCUGCCUGCAGAAGCACCUCCAGAGCCACUCUGCUGCCGCCGCUGCUGUGCCACCGCUGCUGCCCCUGCCGCCGCCCCUUGACGCGGUGCCUCCCGAAGUGCUCUGGCGGUGCUCUGGCUGCCCACUGAGCUUCACCAGCCAGGAGGAGCUGCUGGGCCACCAGAGCAGCCACUCGGUGCCGGUGGCCGCCCCCCUGACCUCCCCUCACCGCUGCGCCACCUGUGGCAAGACCUUCAAGAACAGCUCGGGGCUGGCACGGCACCGGCAUGGCCACGGUGCCGAGCGGCCCUUCAAGUGCUCCCUGUGCCCCAAGGCCUUCGUGCAGCUGGCAGGGCUGCUGGGGCACCAACGCAGCCACCCUGCAGGUGCCACUGCCCCCACCCCCACGCCACCACUGCCUCCCUGCACCACCGCCCCCGAGGCUCCCGAGCGGGUGGCCACUCCCCAGCCGGAGCGACCCUACCGGUGCGGGGAGUGUGGGAAGGCUUUCAAGGGCUCCUCAGGGCUGCGCUACCACAUGAGGGACCACACCGGGGAGCGGCCCUACGCCUGCCCGCAGUGCCCCAAGGCCUUCAAGCGCUCGUCACUGCUGCAGACGCACCAGCGGGUGCACACCGGGCUGCGCGCCUUCCAGUGCACCCACUGCGGCCUCACCUUCAAGUGGGCCUCCCACUACCAGUACCACCUGCGGCAGCACACCGGGGAGCGGCCCUACCGCUGCCCCGACUGCCCCAAGGCCUUCAAGAACACCUCCUGCCUGCGGCGCCACCGCCAGCUGCACACCGGGGAGCGGCCCCACGCCUGCCCGGUCUGCGGCAAGGCCUUCGCCCAGACCUCCAACCUGCGGCAGCACCAGCGGGUGCACACCGGCGAGCGGCCCUACGCCUGCCCCCAGUGCGGGAAGGCCUUCACUCACUCCUCCAACCUGCAGCUGCACCGCCGCACGCACUCUGCCGCACGCCCUUUCCGCUGCUCCCUCUGCCCCAAGGCCUUUGUCAUGGCCUCCUACCUCCAGCGUCACCUCCGCACCCAUGCCCCGGCCGCCCCCCGUGGGACCCCUGCCGGCCCUGCUCUGCCGCCUCCUCCUCCUCCUCUUCCCCCUCCCGCUGCCGAAGGCCAAACCUUCCUGCUGGUGCAGACCCCCCAGGGCCUGCAGCUCAUCCCCAGCCCCCCGGCCCCACCACGGAAGCUGCUGCUGUUGCCCACCCCCGCGGCAGAGCCCUCGGCCUUCACCCUGCUGCCUGCCGAGGGGCCUCAGCCCCGCCUGGGGAAGGGUCCCCAGGUGCCCCCCAGCGGUGGGCAGAGCAUCCUGGUGGUGCCGGGCACGGGGCAGGUGCUGCCCGGGGUGCAGCUGCAGGCGCUGGCGGGGGCCCCAGCGAGGACCAGCCUCAUUGUCCUGAGGGGUGGCAUCGGGGGUGGCGUUGUCACCCCACGGGGACCCCAGCCCUCUGAGGUCACCGGUGUUCAGCUGCAGGAGGCAGAGGUGACCAACGUCCAGCUCCAGGCCCUGCCACAGCCCUUGGAGGUGACCAAUUUCCAGCUGCAGGCUGCAGAGGUGACCAACGUCCAGCUCCAGGCCCUCCCCCAGCCCGUGGAGGUCACCAACAUCCAGCUGCAGGCCACUGAGGUGACCAACAUCCAGCUAUCAGCCCUGCCCCAGCCCUCAGAGGUGCCCAGUGUCCAUCUCCAGGCCACAGAGGUGGCAGAUGUCCACCUUGAGGCCACAGAGGUGGCAGAUGUCCACCUUGAGGCCACUGAGGUGGCAGAUGUCCACCUUGAGGCUACAGAGGUACCCAGCAUCCAUCUUCAGGCCACAGAGGUGGCAGAUGUCCUUCUUCAGGCCACGGAGGUGACAGAUGUCCACCUUCAGGGCACAGAAUUGCCCAGUGUCCAUCUCCAGACCACUGAGGUAACCAAUGUCCAGCUGCAGACCUCAGAGGUGGAAAAUGUCCACCUCCAAACCACCACCAAGGUCCCUGACAUCCAUCUCCAGGCCACAGAGGUGUCCAACAUCCACCUUCAAGCCGUGGAGGUCCCCAGUGUCCCUCUUCAAACCACAGAGGUUCCCAAUGUCCACCUCCACUGUCCACCUCCAGCUGUGCUGCUGCUGCGGGGGGCUGAGGGGACCCCUGCUCACCUCUGCCUGCAGGCUCUGGCUCAGCUGCCCCCUGCCGGUGCCCCUCAGAUCCUCCUGGUCCAGGGGGAGCCGGUCCCUGGGGGCGGCAAUGGGGGACAGCCUCCCACUCCUGCCCGGGGGGUGCCUGGGGGCAGCAGCAGCAGUGGGGGCACGGGGACAGGACCCCCUGCCCCGGAGCUGCCCACGGUGCCGCUGGUUCAUACCUUCUGAGACUGGGCAGGGCUGGGGGUGGACACUUUGGGAUCCCCCAAGGACUGCUUCUGUGGAUCCAGAAGUGAAGGUGGGGGAGGGGGAAAGGGGCUGGAACCCCAGCGAGCACCAGGGCCUCCCAGGGGCCCCCGGGACACCUCCCCAGGGCUCCCCAAGUGUCGUCUCCCCGCCCUCAUUCACACCGCUUGAGGGGUGCUGGAGGU